AUAAAUCUUUUGGCAAUAAAAGGAUAGUUCUGCACCUGGAUGUGCUAAUCUUGUACCUUUUACCACAGUUUGUUCAAAUACUGUGUUUCAAGAGUAUAAACAUUGAUAAAACAAAGCUAAUUAAGGAAAUGAAAUCUUGAAGCUCGUUUGGGGUGCAGCCCUUAAUAGAUUUUGGAAGUUAAUAUCUCAAUAGCUGAACUCUUGCCUCUUUUGCAUCUGUUUGUUUUUUCCACAGGUACUUCCUUUCUGACUUUGAGUAGCAGAGAAAAACUAAAGACCUUGAAGAAAGACGCCUACGGCCCCUUGCUUGGCAGAAACAAUGCUGCAGCGAUGAGAUUACAGUGAGCCCUUCCUGUGUGGCCUCCAUGGGUCCCACUCAACUCAGCACACAGGAUCAUGGGAAGAGGGUGGCAAGUGUAUUUGAGAUGGAGGAGGAAGGGCUUUCGCUCUUCCCUGGCUCAGAGAACCCCCCUGAGCAUGCAGAAAAUCCCCCCUUGAAGCGGAAGAAGGGCCCAGCCCCUAAGAUGCUGGGAAAUGAAGUGUGCAGCGUGUGUGGGGACAAGGCCUCUGGCUUCCACUACAACGUGCUGAGCUGUGAAGGCUGCAAGGGCUUCUUCCGCCGCAGCGUCAUCAAGGGAGCGCAGUACGUGUGCAAGAACGGCGGCAAGUGCGAGAUGGACAUGUACAUGCGGCGCAAGUGCCAGGAGUGCCGGCUGCGCAAGUGCCAGGAGGCGGGCAUGAGGGAGCAGUAUGUUCUGUCUGAAGAACAGAUCCGACUGAAGAAACUGAAGAAGCAGGAAGACGAUCAGGCUCGGACAGUUGUGGUGCGUCCAAACCCUCCGAAUCCGCCAAGCCCUUCCCACAAGCUAACGCCGGAACAGCUGAACAUGAUAAAAAAGCUUGUGGCUGCUCAGCAGCAGUGCAACCAGCGCUCAUUCACAGACAGGAUCAAAGUGACGCCAUGGCCCCAGAUUCCUGACCCUAAUAACCGUGAAGCGAGGCAGCAGCGUUUCGCUCACUUUACAGAACUUGCAAUUAUCUCUGUGCAAGAGAUUGUGGAUUUUGCCAAGCAACUACCUGGCUUCCUGGAGCUCACCAGGGAAGAUCAGAUUGCUUUACUGAAGACAUCUACCAUAGAGGUGAUGUUGCUGGAGACAUCUCGGCGCUAUAAUCCAGAGAUUGAGAGCAUCACCUUUCUUAAGGACCUGAGCUAUAAUCGGGAUGACUUCGCCAAAGCAGGUCUGCAGUUUGAGUUCAUUAACCCCAUCUUUGAGUUCUCAAAGGGAAUGAAUGAGCUACAGCUUAACGAUGCUGAAUAUGCACUUUUAAUUGCCAUCAACAUUUUCUCUGCAGACCGACCGAAUGUGCAGGACCAGUCCUUGGUGGAGAGGCUGCAGCACACCUAUGUGGAAGCCCUUCAUUCUUACAUUUGUAUCAACAGACCAAAUGACCGCCUGAUGUUUCCACGGAUGUUAAUGAAGCUGGUCAGUCUUAGGACACUAAGCAGUGUCCACUCUGAGCAGGUGUUUGCCCUUCGGCUGCAGGACAAGAAACUCCCUCCUCUGCUCUCAGAAAUCUGGGAUGUGCAUGAGUGACCGCAUGCUCCCAGAAUGCUGACGUGCUGACAUAAUGCCAUCUCCCAGCCUUUGCUAAUGAGAAGCCAGCCUCCCCUCUCCAAAGCACUGAACCCUGGGCUAGGCAUGCAGGGAGUGAUGAGCCCGGGGUUUCAAUGUUGUCAUGAGACUAUGCAGGAGGCAGCUGGGGUAGAUCAGAUGGAGGGGUUGGUUUUGAUGCAGUGCCCAUACCCUAAAGGAAUAACGUGAAACAUUUGAAAACGGUAGAAAUGAAGACUUCCUCCUGCCCCCCCAACUCCUCUUUCUUCAGAGUCUUUCUCUUCUCUAAGCAUAUGCUGAAGGUUUGCCCUUUGAUCCUCUUCUCACUGAUUAUGAAAAUGAAUUUGCAGGAACUUGCCAAAAGCUCUCUAUUGAGAGUAACCCAGCUCGAAAGGCUUCUGCAGGGUCCCCAGUGUACCUGGAUCUGAGAAGCUCAGGGAAGUCAGUGUGGAUGUUCUAUGGGUUUCACUGGGUUUCCUAUAAAUAAAAUCUCUUGAAUGUGCUGCCCUCUACAAUGAUUCCAAGAGAAGUAGCUUUUAUUUCUUUAUUAUGAGACUUCAUUUCUAGAGCUGCCCUUUAUUCUGGCCCUCCUUUGGAAAAAGGAUUCCUCUAAUAUGUAGUGCCCUUUGUCUAACAGGGAGAUUCUCUGGGUAGGGAACAUUUGUACAUCAGAAAGAUGUCAGGCAUAAAGUAGUGGACUUUUUUUUAUAUAAUGCAUCACAGUUUUAUCUCAUGGUUCUCAGACAGUUCAAUUUACCUUUGACUUGCUAACAGCUGGAAAACUUUAGUUCAAAACAGAUCAGAGCAUAGAUUUUUAUCUUUAGGGGUGGAAUAGAAGAAAGGUGGGAAGGACUGGUACCUAGGUGAGGUAGGUGUGGUGGAAGGAUCUCAAAAACUUCCAAGAAUCUGAAGCAUGUGGUAUGUAUUCCAAGGUGGGUGUGAAGAUGUGUUGGCCAAGGAGAGAGGACACACUGCAUUUAGUGAAAUAUGUGGGCAUUGCGUAAGCUAUGGGCUGCACAACUCUCAGAUCGUGGGCUGCAGGAAUAUUGCGUGUAAUCAGAUCCACUUGUGUUGUCUUCCUUUUUGCCAAAGUCUUUCCAAGGUUUUAGGAAUUAUAAUGGGAUAUGGAGGUCCCUCCUGUAUGAGGAGUGCCAACUGCUUUAGAAGGACACUUUGGUCUUGUAUCCUUUCUUCACUUGGGGCAUUGUGAGAUCCACACUGGAUUUAUGCCCCAAGUUUUUAAGUAUCCACAUUCAUAAGUAUUCUAGAAUUUACAGCAAUAUUUUGUCUGACAGAAGAGAAAUAUACUGUUGUAAAACAUGUUCCUUACUUUCCAAGAAACAACAUCUUAUAGCUGAUCUCAGAGAUGUAACCUUAAGUAUCCUGGUAGCUUGGUCUCAUGAGUCUUCUCUGUCAUAGGGGUCUUUGUUUGCUUGCCCGGUGAGUAUCCCAAGAGCAUAGGUUCACAUGGCUCGGGUUUUUUUUGUUUGUCUGUUUUUUGGUUUGUUUGUUGUUGUUUUUUUUUGGCUGUGUAUCUGAGCGCUAUGCCCGUGGUGAGGGUAUCGUGUCCAUUUUGCACUUGAGGUUGGUCCCCUGCCACUGGCCUUCACUCUGCACCUUUGUAAAGCACUUGUAACAAUCUGUAAAAUAAUCUGUUGUUUUUUAUAACUCAUUGCAAUUGCAGAAAUUCUUGUUUAAAUCUGUAUUUUUAACUAAUCUGUUUGAGAAAUGUUAAUGUUUAUAUAAAAGAAUAAAGCCUAAUACAGGA